UUGGUGUCGGGCACCCACGAUCCCUGCAAUGCUCUUCCCUCGGUGUCCUCACUCCGAGAUGAAGAUGCCGCCGGAGGCCUCGCGCACUCGCUACUCGUACUUGCAACGGACCUAUUUUCAGGCGGCUUCGACAAGCUGACCAGCGGAGGGGAAGCGAGAACCGAAACCGGUGAGGAUCCUGAAAUUAUCGAGGCUCGUCGAGAGGCGGAACUGCGUCGUCAGGAAAAGCACAAAAAAAUGGAACAAGAACGCGAGAAGAUGCGCAAAGACAUUAGGGAAAAAUACGGCAUCAAGAAGCGCGAGCCGGAAAUGCCACCGAUGAUGGAGGAGUGCAUCGGCCGCAUCGGCACUGCCAAAAGGAAAUCACCCGAGGAGUUACAGAGAGAGGGCGAGGAGGACGACAGUAAGCACUUCUUGACUAAUACUUCUUCAUAA